UGGUAUAAAAUCCUCCUCGUGUUCCUUCCUCGUUCUUUCGCUCUUCCUGCACUGCACGUUUUGUCUCGUCUCAGAAGCAUCUUGAACAAUGGGCUUUGGCGACCUGAAAACCCCUGGCGGCCUCAAGGUCCUCAACGACUUUUUAGCCGACAAGAGCUACAUCGAGGGGUGGGUGCCCUCCCAGGCCGACGUGGCUGUGUUCGAUGCAAUCCCCUCAGCCCCCUCAACAGUCCAGUGCCAUGCUCUUCGCUGGUACAACCACAUCAAGUCAUUCCAGAACCAGAAGGGCAGUUUGCCAGGAGUUAAGAAGCCCCUGGGCCAGUAUGGUCCUUCCGGUGUGGAGGACAACACAGCUGCAGACUCAAAGGAUGACGACGAUGACAUGGACCUGUUUGGCUCUGAUGACGAGGAGGAUGCAGAGGCAGAAAGGCUGAAGGAGGAGAGAAUCGCAGCCUAUGCCGCCAAGAAGUCAAAGAAGCCCACACUCAUCGCCAAGUCAUCGAUCCUGCUUGAUGUGAAACCGUGGGAUGAUGAGACGGACAUGGCCAAGCUGGAGGAGUGUGUUCGCAGCAUCUCAAUGGACGGCCUGCUUUGGGGACAGUCCAAGCUGGUACCAGUGGGCUAUGGCAUCAAGAAGCUGCAGAUCGGGUGUGUGGUAGAGGACGACAAGGUGGGAACAGACCAGCUGGAGGAACAGAUUACAGCCUUUGAGGACUAUGUCCAGUCUAUGGAUGUGGCUGCCUUCAACAAGAUCUAAAACUCAAAACACUUACCAACAAAGACACUGAGCACUUUGGAGUUGUAAUAAAAAGCACUUCAGAUGGAAAAUGUUUGUUACAUAUUCUGACAAGUGGUUCUGCCUGGUUUAUGUAGCUUUUGAGUAAAGACUUGGGUGUUUGGGUUAAA